AGGUAUGCUUGCUUCAAGGGGCUCCAGACCACCUAUUUACCAGCAAUCCUUGUACUCCGACCGGCCAGACUUACAGCCACAUGAGUCUGCAUGCGAAGCACCGAGCUUGCUUUUCAGUAGCAGCACGGUCCAUAAAUAUGUUGUUUCUAUCCCUCGUCUCGGUGACUUGGCGAGUCUUGGAAGAUUGCUACCAAAGUCAUGAAUGAUUCGCGCGUGUCAAACAACAUGGCUUCUGAGGUUAUCCCGUACCAACAGUACUCCUUCGAGAAGAUUCGCAUUCAGAUCCACGAAAGGAACACAGGCUCGGACAGCAGUUCAUCAAUCUCAACCAAGAGUGCCGAGGUCAACUCACUUCUGCCGAACGAUAUCUUGCGAGUCCUGUAUCAGCCACCAAGGACUAGCACUUGGGCCAAGGUGCGAGAAGGUGGCAGGCUGUUGUAUACCAGGGCAAGAGUCGUGCUUCGAGACUCUGACACCAGCUCCCAGCCUAUAUCAGAGCCUGGCAAGUUCAACCAUCACUAUGUCCAUCCGCUCUUCACACAGAAAGGCAAGAACGAGCGCGUCAUACUUUCGGUAUCUCAUGGAAAACCUUUGGCCAGGGUGCGUGACAAGAACGGCAAUUCACAAGAAGUCAUCCAAUCUGCGUCUCACAACUACGCUGGCUUUCUAGGUUGCAGUCAAGAUGGCAUCGCCCUCCACCAAAUCCUUCUGGCCAAAUUGCCAGUCGUCAACUGCUCUGAUGUGUCACCAAUCGAAAAGGAAGCACGAGAGAGGGUUGCAACUUUCUGGCAAGCCGACUUCUGCUUGUUUACCAGUACAGGAUACGGAUCCAAUCUACUCGCAUUUUCAGCAAUCCUCGACAAAACUUGGAUGGUUGUACUUGAUGAGAAGAGCCAUAACUCGAUGUUUGUUGCAGCUUAUCAGAGUCAACCUGGGCUGAUCCGAAAGUUCCGCCACAAUGACAUGAAUGACCUCGAAAAGAUUCUCGAUGCGUGUAUGGGACAAUGUACAAAUACUCUCGUGGCUGUUGAGGGCUUCUUCAGCAUGGAUGGAACCAUUCCAGACCUUGCCGGCCUCUCAUCACUAAAGGAACGCUUUGGGUUUACACUGCUCGUGGACGAGGCUCAUUCCUUCCUGGCCCUGGGUGCGACUGGCCGGGGAUGCGUUGAACUAUGGAAUGAAGACGAGACCGCGACUCCAGUGAGCAGUGACCUCAUCGACAUCCGAACUGCCACACUUUCCAAGGCGAUAGGAUCCAUUGGAGGAACGGUGUGUGCCAAAGCGGUAUUCGGGCCAAGGCUAACACAUCGUCGUGACGAGAUGGUAAAAGCUGGCUUCGACCCACCUCCGACAUCCGCAUUAGUGCAGUGUCUAUAUGUCCUUGGUCAGCCCACCAUGCUGAAUCGGAGCCUCAAGAGAUUGAGAAGCAUUACGAUUUUUGUCCGGCAAACACUUCACCGGGCAGGGCUCUACAUCUAUGGCUGUGACUCCUCACCAAUCCUGCCGAUAUACGCAGGUCGCCCCAGUGUGGCCGCCAAGUUGUCCUAUGUGUUGAGGCAGCAGGGAGUCCUUGCCAGUCCAGUAUCAACACCUGCUGUUCCUUUCUGGGAGUCACGUGUACGACUGUGUCUUUCAGCAGGGUUCGACGACAGCACCGUACACCGUCUUUUGCAGGCUAUCUUGGAGGCAGCACAUCGUGUGGGAUUGAUCAAGCUCACCACCUCAACAACUGUUCCACCAUGCAAAAUUGAAGAUAUCAUCCUCGGAGAGCAGGAGAGUUGGGAGGCUUCAAGCACGGAAAAGCACAUCAAAGACCUCAUUGCAGCAUGCGCCGUCGAUACCGUCCCCACAGUACGCGAGGGGGUCGUACAUGCAGCCGGACAUGAUGCAUUGAGUACUUAUGGACUCGGAGCAGGCGGGACGAGGUGGGUGGUGGGAUCAACGGAGCUGCAUGUCCAAGUGGAAGAGCUCGUUGUCGAAAUCACCGGUGCCCAGGACGCCUUGACUUACCAAGACAGCUACAUUGGUCUGAUGUCCACGGUUGCUGCACUCUGUCGACCUGUACACGGGUACAAAAAGCACUGUCUCUUCGUGCCGCAGGACAUGCCGGCUGCAGUCGAAGAUGGCAUACGCGUGGCUCCCCGGGCACAUCGUCCGGAAGUGACAACAUAUACCAAUCUCAAGUCACUGACGAACGGUAUGCGCUGUCUCCGAUCGCGCUCGACCUAUGCGACUGUCGUCUUGACGUCUCAAGAGAUCAUUGACCAACAACAUCUCGAAGAUUUCAUGAACCGCGCCUUGGGCGAGCAUGCCGGCAUGACAAUCCUGCUGAUCGAUGAGAAAGGUGUAGGCACAUUUUCAUGCCCACGUAACAUACAUGGUGGACAGGAUAGUCCAAGACUACUGUUGUAUGGAUCUUUCUUUCGGGCAUACAAUCUGCUUGGGAGCUAUUUGGCUGGGGACCCCGCGUUGAUCAUGGAGCUGCGCUACACAAGCCGUGGCUAUAUGUUCUCCACGUCUCAGCUGCCUUUUAUCAUGGGGAUGAUUGCCGCAGAACUUCAGAAGUUCGCCGAUGGGCUUGGUAGCCGUCCAGCGCUGUCGUGAUGAAGAAGGGAAGUGUGACUGAGAUAGAGAAUGAUUGGCAACGAUUUGAGGGUAUAGGCCAAAAUUGACCGGAAACAGCUACACUGGAGAAGAGAACAUAUAUUGAGUAGAUCGCGGACUUCUUCAC